AUGUCACCAUCAACAUCCUCAACCCCACUAAGUUCAGGAAAACAAAGAGAUAGUGGAGUAGCAAGACUGUUAGGAUCAGGUACUUCAGGAAUCACUGAAUUAUUAUUAUUUCAUCCGGUUGAUACGUUGGCAAAAAGGAUGAUGUCAAAUAAAUCUAAAUCGAUGACAUUUAAUCAAAUCGUUUUUAAAGAAUUUGCGAAUUCUGGGUCUUAUCAAAAGUUUUUGUCACUUUUUCCUGGUCUUGGCUAUGCUGCUGGGUAUAAAAUCUUACAAAGGAUUUAUAAGUUUGGUGGUCAACCUUAUUUCAAAGACUAUUUAAACCAAAAUCAUAAACCAAUCUUUAUUAAACUCUUUGGAGAAAAAAAUGGAAAAGCCAUGAUGGAAGCUACAGCCGGUUCGUUUACCGGAAUUGGUGAAAUCGUUUUAUUACCCUUAGAUGUAUUGAAAAUCAAACGACAGACAAAUCCAGAUGCGUUUAGGUCAAGAGGUUUCUUAAAAAUCGUGGCUGAUGAAGGAUUUGCGUUGUACAGAGGAUGGGGAUGGACAGCAGCCCGAAACGCACCAGGUUCAUUCGCUUUGUUCGGUGGAUCAGCAUUUACAAAAGAAUAUUUGUUUAAAUUACAAGAUUAUUCUUCGGCUAGUUGGUCACAAAACUUUGUUUGUUCGAUUGCUGGAAGUGUUUCUUCUAUUACGAUUUCUCAACCAUUAGAUGUGAUUAAGACUCGAGUUCAAAACCAAAAUUUCGAAUCUAAACAAGGAGGUAUGAUGGUAAUUAAAGAAAUCAUGAAAAACGAAGGAAUUGGUGCUUUCUUUAAAGGUUUAACACCUAAAGUUUUGGUAGUUGGACCUAAGUUGAUCUUUUCUUUUACUAUGGCUCAAAGUUUGAUUCCAUUGUUUGGAAAAUAUGUUUGA